AGCCCAUCAUUGUCUCUCUCACACUUUCUAACAAGCCAUUUCACAACAUCCACGCAGCGGAUCGGACUGUGCGCAGCAGCGGAGACGCGCAGCAGCUUUGCCCUCAGGGCUCUUUUCUACUCUCACUCUCCCCCCCACCACCUCCUCCUUCCUCCACGUCUUCGACCAUAACUAACAACCUGGAUGAGGCCAAUUACUUGGACUAAUCUCUCAUAAUGUCUCCGUUCCGAUCGACCGAGGUGGAGUGGGUUGAAGCGAUGGCUGGGGAGAUCCGAGUCCGCCGGGUGCGAAAGGUGGCAGCCUGAGAUUAGAGAGACACUUUUGAUCUGGCUGCGGAGCGGACUCGGGAGGAAUCGAUCCGACGGACAGCGCCAUGCACGGAGCGGUGGAUUUUCCACUCAGACAGCCCCUGAGUGCGUGUGAUUUUGGAUUAGUGUGACAGCCUGGCUGUCUGAAGGGAGAUUUGUUUCCCCCCCCCUCUCCUAUUUAUUUUUUAUUUAUUUUUUUGGUCAGGAGUGCGCUUUCCUCCGGGUUCCCGCAGAACUCCCGAGUCGCAGAGAGCCCAUGCAGCCGCCAAGGAAGAGGAGCGAAGCUGGAUGGAUGGUUAUGGGGGAAGGAGGGAGACCCUCGGCUCUUGACGUGUGCAGAGUCCUCGCUGUGUUCUUCGCACUGUUCCCCUCCGUGAGCCUGCAGUGCAAGGUCAUCAAGUGUACCACUGAAUAUCUGGCCAUCACCUCGAACUCGGCGCUCGGGGAGGAGGAGUACUGCACGGCCCUGCGGGCGUACAAGAGCUGCGUGGGCCGACUGGCGCGGAGCUGCAGGGGCGACCUGGCCUAUCACUCCGUCCAGCAUGGCAUCGAGGACCUAAUGAACCAGAAGAACUGCUCCAGGGAGGGGCCGACGUUCCAGCCCCGCGCCAGGACCCCGCCUCCCCCGCCCCCGCCUCCCCCCGUCCUGACCGACAGCCAGGAGCGCUCCGACGGACCGGAGGUCUGCCACUACGAGCGCAGUCUCACGCGAACCUCGGCGCCGCCCAACUACACCCACUGCGGCUUCUUCGGAGACCCCCACCUCAGGACCUUCGGCGAUGACUUUCAGACGUGCAAGGUGGAAGGAGCCUGGCCCCUCAUCCACAACAAGUUCCUGUCGGUGCAGGUGACCAACUCGCCCGUGCUGCCGGGGUCUUUGGCAACCGCCACAAGCAAGCUGACAAUCAUCUUCAGGAACUUCCAGGAGUGUGUUGAGCAGAAGAUGUACCACGCAGAGACCGACGACCUGCCGGCGGCGUUCGCCGACGGCUCUAAAAACGGAGGCGACCGCUACGGGGCCAACACUCUGCGAGUGGUGGAGAAGGCUCCCGGGCAGCACGUGGAGAUCCAGGCCAAGUACAUCGGCACCACCAUCGUGGUGCGGCAGGUGGGCCGCUACCUGACCUUCGCCGUGCGCAUGCCGGAGGAGGUCGUGAACUCGGUGGAGGAGGGCGACACCCAGGACUUGUACCUGUGUCUCCAUGGUUGUCCCGCCAACCAGCGCAUUGACUUCCGGAACUUCAGAGCCCGGGCGGCGGAGGCGACUCAGGGCGCCAGUAGGACCAGGGGCGACGCCGGCACGCACGGCUUCACCUACAAGUCGGCGAAGGCCAAGUGCAAAGAACGGCUUCCGGUGGAGGAUCUGUACUUUCAGUCCUGCGUGUUUGACCUCCUCUCCUCCGGAGACAUUAACUUCACCAUGGCGGCGUUCUACGCUUUUGAGGAUGUGAAAAUGCUCCACUCAAACAGCAAGAGAUACCACAUAUAUGAAAAGGACGCUCUAAACAGCGCGGCACAGGGGGGCAAACAUUUCCUUCUGGUUCUGGUCUUCAACCUCCUGGCCGUACUGCUGUGUGGCGCGGCCCUUCUGUAGCUUGUCCGACGCGGCCUCCUCGUGUCGCGUCUGUCAGUGAAUGUGGAAGUACCAUCGCUGUGUCGUGUAUUGACCCCUCCAGCAGCUCAUUUUGGUGGUUCUGAUGUCAGGCUGAUGACAGGACGACGCUCACCACUCACUCGCCCGCCUGUCAUCGCAUGCAUUUAGCUGCCUUUGCUCUUUGAAGGGAGCCCGGAGAGCUCAGGAUGUCCACCUGGGAUUAAAACGUAUGAAUAACCCCCAAGAUGAUCUUCCGCAGAAAGAGGGGCCCGCUGAUCCUCCCCUCCUCUGAUCCGCACGUCGGUGCCAGGGCCGGCCGUGGCUCAUGUGGCCGAGCGGGGAUUGGAGUGGGUGGGGACUGCGACCUGACAGGGGGCUUUUGUUAACCUGAGGCCAGAGGCAGCUCCAUGUUUGAUUAGUUUCCAGCUUUGGAAAAGCCUGAGAUUCUCCGAGGAAGCUCCCAGCCAAAAGGAUGUCAGAGCAACGUCUCCAGUUGUCUGCAGCGGAGAUUAAUGAGUCAUAUUGUUAGGUUUUUGUAUGUGUGUGUGUGUGUGUGUGCAGUAGUACAAUGUGAAGAGCAUCUGUGCUUAAUUAUGUGUUUGUGAGAGCAGGACUUCCACAUAUAUAUAUAUAUAUAUAUAUAUAUAUAUAUAUAUAUAUAUAUAUAUAUAUAUAUAUAUA